GCAAUCAUGUGAUUUUUAUGACUGUUCUUUGGAACCGCGUUUGCUCUGCUCCCGGCCGCCAUCGCUUCCUCCUGAGCGUCCUUCUGGGAUAGGGCUCCAGCAAGGAGCAUUGGAGAGCAAUGACAGAAGUUGAGAGAGAGAUGUUCGGGCAGAUGCCCCAGGAGGAAGGGGGAGCAGUGGUGGAAAAGUUCAGGUUAAAGUCAGACAGUGUGAAAGUGGAGAUCCUGUCCUUAGGGUGCAUAAUCACCACUCUGGAAACGAAAGACAGGGAUGGCAAGUUUUCAGAUAUUGUCCUAGGCUUUGACACUUUGGAAGGUUACACAAGGAAGCAUCCCUUCUUUGGCGCUGUUGUGGGGCGUGUUGCCAACAGGAUUGCAAAGGGGAGGUUUACCGUGGAUGGGAAGGAGCAUCAACUGUUCCUCAACAAUGGGCCCAACAGCCUGCAUGGAGGAGCCAGGGGAUUUGACAAGGUUCUCUGGAGCCCCCAGGUCCUCCCAAAUGGUGUCUGUUUCUUCCGACUCAGCCCCGAUGGUGAGGAAGGCUAUCCUGGUGACCUGAAAGUCUGGGUUACCUACACACUCUGCGGUGGGGAGCUGACCAUCAACUAUCGCGCACAGACCAGCAAGACAACACCUAUCAGCCUGACAAACCACGCAUACUUCAACCUUGCAGGGCAGGGCUCACAGGAUAUCUACGACCACGAGAUUUCUAUUGAAGCAGAUUCCUACCUGCCUGUGGAUGACACCAAGAUCCCUACUGGGGAGGUGGCUGCUGUGCAGGGCACCAGCUUUGAUCUCCGGCAGCCUGUGGAGCUGGGGAAGCACUUACAGAAGUUUCACCUGGAUGGCUUUGACCACAACUUCUGCCUGCAGGAGGUGCAGACUCGAUGCCCUGUGGCCAGGGCUCACCACCCACCCACUGGCAGGACCAUGGAGGUUCACACCACUCAGCCUGGCAUCCAGUUUUACACUGGCAACAAUCUGGAUGGCUCCCUGAAGGGCAAAGAUGCUGCUGUGUACCCCAAGCACUCAGCUUUCUGUCUGGAAACCCAGAACUGGCCCGAUGCCAUCAACAAGAUGCCAGAACUGAAGAAAACACAGGUCACAACAUCAUGUGGCAUUAGGCAAGGGUCACCCGGCACAGCAGGGAUGCAGCCCACCUUUCCAGGAGUGUGGGGUCUACACCAGAAGACCCCAGUGGGGUCUUGCUGCAUCAUCCCCACAGGGCCUGACUUCAGCAAGAGGAGGACUUGCUCACUCAGACAGCUGCCCCACUUUCCCAAUGCCCUGCUUCGGCCAGGUGAGGAAUACAAUCACACCACUUGGCUCUUGUUCAACGCGUCUUAGAGGAAGCUGACUCCUAGCACGGAGAGGGGACUCACACUUCUUUGAGGGCUUCCUGAUGGUGAACGACUGAAAGGAAAAGAGUGACGGUUAGCAUUCCAAAAGUCAUUUUUGAUUCACAAAUACAGGAAAAAGCAACAAGAUGAUACUGGACUACUCCAGCACCCUAUAAGCACUGUUUUUUUAAUAAAAUAACCUAUCACUACUGACAAAGUUAAUGGGUUGAUGAUUUAAUGUUAGUGAUAAUGCUUUUUUAACUUUCAUAUUUUUGCAUUUCUCUACUGCUAUUUUUAUCAUACAAUUCAAACACGACUUGUGAAGUCAUCUAGAGUGUACUACUAAUAGGAGCUUUCACAGGGGUGCGAUACUUCUUCGCUGUUCUGAUACAGCAGCCUGUCAAAACCUGUUAUGGUGAUCACUCAGCAUUUAUGAGCACUUAUUCACGCUCCUUGUGAUUGUGAGGUUAGAUUACAUAUAGCCACGUUUUUAAAGGAAGCAAACCUAAAUCCUAAAAGGAUGAAAAAAUAAACAAGGAACAAUUUGCAGGGCAAAAAGAUCACCAAGGCAAGGGACACAUCCUGGCAGAUUUAUAGGCAUUCUCCCCAGGAUGUAUUCCUUUCCCGCAGAUCUUCAACACUGAAGUUGCAAAAAUGAACUAGCAAAGAAUUCAAACUAGGGAAAAGAAUACUGCUGAUUCUGUCACUACACAUAUAUGCAUAUACACACAGGCAAUUAUUUACCAAUUUAUUGGGCACAAAAUAAUAAUCUGAGUAACAGCAGAAAAACUUGCUUGCUCUUUCAUUCCUGACUGUUAUGUCAAGGUUACCCACUCUAUCUUUCCCAAUCUCACUGUAGCUUUUAAUGAGACUCAAAGCUGAUUCCCACAUUUAUUCUGUGCUUUAAGCUUACCAGUAGGAAGUCUCUGAAAUAACACUGUUCAUGAACUGAAAGGAACACAGGAGCAGACAAAGGGAAGAUGUAACACUGCAAGGUAACCAGUACCCUGAGGAAUUAUUACUCCAUAUAUACUGUCAUAUAUAAAUCCAUAAUCACAUCAUUUCCAUCAGAGAUCUCAACAAAAUACCUUUCCGGGAUUUUCCUACAAGGAGCAAACUCCUCAGCAGAGAUCACUGCAGAUAC